AUGGCCUUCGAGACUGUCCAGGUGGAGUUUUCCUCGGGGCCGGAGCCGAGCCCGCGGCCACAUCUGAGUCGGCCAUCACCUGCCCGUCGUUCGCUGGGACCGGAACCGAGCCCGCUUCCUCAUCGGAGUCGACGAUCACCUACCCCUGCUGUCGGCCGCGAGAGGCGUCGGUCCGGGGGCAGUGUCCAAUCCGUCCGGUCCACUGCGUCCCGACAUCGGCAGGCCUCCUACCUUCCCCCGUCGUACCACUGCCAGUGGGAAGGGGCACCUACGGGUUUCUCCGCAUCGGAACCGAGGCCUUCAACAUCGCGGCAAGCAUGGUUCCCACCUCCGGUCCACGGUGAGGGAUCCCAGCUCGGUUCCGACGAGGGGGAUGUCGAAAGCCUAGGGGACUACCAGUCGGAGUCCUGGUCUGAGCCAUCGCCCGCUGACAAUGUGGUGCCAGCUACGGCGAAGGCGGCGGCUCCUCCUGCCCGCCACGGCUCGCCCGGCGACGCGCCCGUGCCAGAAAAGGCGCCAUCCGGCAGCAGCCCCGAGGCGGCGAAGGAGACGCUGAGGAGAAACCCGCCGCCCCCGCGCGAGAGGCCAGGCCAGGCCAGGCGGGCGCCCCCUGCUGCCCGCCAAGGGCGCGACGGUUGGGGCCGAGAGGAAAGCGCGGGCGGCGCGCGCGAGGCGAGGCGCACCACGGGAGGCCGCCGCACCUGCCCCCCUGGCCCCGCCCCGCCUCACCUGCGCAGGGUUGUGGGGCUUCUGUGGCUGAGCAGCUGGCCCGAGCAGAACACCUGGUGGAGCAGCUCAAACAGCAACUCAAAGAAAAGGGUGAGGAGCUGCGUUAUAAAGAUCAACAGCUUAAGAUCCAGGCCCUUCAAGAUCAUCUUUUUUAAAACUGACAGGCGGAUGAUGGCACUUGCGCAGAAAUUUGCCAGCAAGACAGUAAAAGAUGAGAAGCUUCCUGCAAUUUCCGGAAGGGGACUUCAAAAGAGCGAAGGCCACCAGAGGCUCAUUUCUGCCCUCAAGGAUCCCAGUCUCAAUGAACAAAGAAGGUCUCGGGCAGUACAUUUCGAAGAGCCACAAAUAUGAGACUCAGAGCUUUGGGGGGGCAGGGCGCCACGCUGUCGAUGCCGGACGCUUGAAGUUCGAGCUGUACCGGUCCUCUCCCUGUUUGCCGAUUUAAUGAUGCUUAAAGGCACCUACAAUACUUAUAAAUGAUGGGGAAGGCUGGGGGAGGCAAGGAUAAGGCUGCUGAACCUACCUCCUCAUCGCUCAAAGAUUUUUUUCCAGCUGAGGCGGCCAAGAAUGACGCAGGCCGUGAGGCACGGAAUAUGCACAAAAUGGCUGCCGCUAGCAAUGAGGGGGAAAGGGAGGCUGGUCUGCAAGCCAAAGAGAAUGAGAUAGCUGUCAAAAUUCCAGGAGAUGCUGGAAGAAAAAAUUGCCAAACGAAUGGAAGCUUUGGU